UCCCGCCCCGCGCCCAGGGACGCGCCGGGCGCCGGCUCCGGGCAGCCGCACGCGGCGAGGAGGGGAUGCGACUGCGGCCCACGGCAUGGCAGCCUCAGGGGUGCUGGGAGGAUGCGACAUCCUCAUCGUCUACAGCCCGGAUGCCAAAGAGUGGUGCCAGUACCUCCAGGACCUUUUCCUGUCCAGCCGGCAGAUCCGCAGGCAGAAGAUGCUGACGCACAGGCUGGGCCCCGAGGCCUGCUUCUCCGCCGAGGACCUGCACCUCUUCCUCAGCGCCCGCUGCGUGGUGGUGCUGCUGUCCGCGGAGCUGGUGCUGCAGCUGCGGCGGCCGGCCCUGCUGCCCCCGCUGCAGAGGGCCUUCCAGCCUGCGCACCGCGUGGUGAGGCUGCUCUGCGGCGUGCAGGACAGCCCCGAGUUUCUGGACUACUUUCCAGAUUGGGCCCACUGGCAGGAGCUUACCUGUGAUGACGAACCCGAGACCUACGUGGCGGCCGUGAGGAAGGCCAUUUCUGAAGAUUCCGGCUGCGACUCAGUCACUGACACGGAGCCCGAGGACGACAAGCUGCUUCCCCACUCGGAGCAGCAGGGCCUGCCGCUGGAGCCUCCACCUGGGAACCUGAUGGUGGUGCAGCCGGAGCGCAUCCGCUGUGGGGCAGAAACCACCGUGUACGUGAUUGUGAGAUGCAAGUUGGAUGAGAAGGUCACCACGGAAGCAGAGUUCUUUCCUGAGGAGUCCCCGUCCAUCAAGGUGGAAGCCAAGCUGGAGAAUGAGUACACCGUGUCCGUGAAGGCGCCCAACCUUUCUUCAGGGAAUGUGUCCCUAAAGGUAUAUUCAGGAGACUUGGUGGUGUGUGAAACCAUUAUCAACUACUAUACUGACAUGGAAGAAAUUGGGAACUUACUGUCCAAUGCUGCCAAUCCUGUGGAGUUCAUGUGCCAGGCCUUUAAAAUUGUGCCCUACAACACAGAGACCCUUGACAAACUGCUGACGGAGUCCCUGAAGAACAACAUCCCUGCAAGUGGCCUGCACCUCUUUGGGAUCAACCAGCUGGAAGAAGAAGAUAUGAUGACGAAUCAGAGGGACGAAGAGCUGCCCACCUUGUUGCAUUUUGCUGCCAAGUAUGGACUGAAGAACCUUACUGCCUUGUUGCUCACCUGCCCAGGAGCCCUCCAGGCAUACAGCGUGGCCAACAAGCAUGGCCACUACCCCAACACCAUCGCCGAGAAGCAUGGCUUCAGGGACCUGCGGCAGUUCAUCGAUGAGUACGUGGAAACUGUGGACAUGCUGAAGACCCACAUCAAGGAGGAGCUGAUGCAGGGGGAGGAGGCGGACGCUGUGUAUGAGUCCAUGGCCCACCUGUCCACAGACCUGCUCAUGAAAUGUUCGCUCAACCCCGGCUGCGACGAGGACCUGUAUGAGUCCAUGGCCGCCUUCGCCCCUGCCGCCACCGAGGACCUGUAUGUUGAGAUGUUUCAAGCCAGUGCCUCUAACCCAAUCCCUGGAGAGCGUUUCUCUCAGGCCACAAAGGACUCUAUGAUCCGCAAGUUUUUAGAAGGCAACAGCAUGGAAAUGACCGGUGUGGACAGAGAGCAGCGCCAUCUCAGUGAGGAGGAAGACGUUUAUCACACAGUAGAUGAGGAGGAGGCCUUCUGUGUGGACCUGGCCAGCAGGCCCCCCGUGCCUGUUCCCAGGCCAGAUACCAGUGCUCCUGGUGCUCACCAGCUGCCUGACAAUGAACCUUACAUUUCCAAAGUUUUUGCAGAAAAACGUCAAGAGCGGCUGGGGAAUUUCUAUAUUUCCUCCGAGAGCAUCAGGAAAGAGCCGGCUGUCCGACCGUGGAGGGACAGGCCCCAGUCCAGUAUAUAUGACCCUUUCGCUGGCAUGAAGACGCCAGGCCAGCGGCAGCUCAUCACCCUCCAGGAGCAGGUGAAGCUGGGCAUCGUGAACGUGGACGAGGCCGUGCUCCACUUCAAAGAGUGGCAGCUCAACCAGAAGAAACGAUCUGAGUCCUUUCGCUUCCAGCAGGAAAAUCUUAAACGGCUAAGGGACAGCAUCACCCGAAGACAAAGAGAGAAGCAAAAAUCAGGAAAGCAGACAGACUUGGAGAUCACAGUCCCAAUUCGACACUCACAGCACCAGCCUGGGAAAAUCGAGUUCGGAGUCUACGAGAGCGGUCCCAGGAAAAGUGUUUUCCCCCCACGGAUGGAGCUGAGACGAGGAGACUGGAAAACAGACAGCACCUCCAGCACAGCGAGCAGUGCAAGUAACCGAUCCAGUACGCGGAGUCUCCUCAGCGUGAGCAGCGGGAUGGAAGGGGACAACGAGGAUAAUGAAGUCCCAGAGGUUACGAGAAGUCGGAGUCCUGGCCCCCAUGUGGAUGGAACAGCCACCAUGCCCACGGAGCGGCCCCCUAGGGUGCCUCCCCGAGCUGCCUCCCAGAGGCCUCCAACCAGGGAGACGUUCCAUCCUCCACCACCUGUUCCACCCAGAGGCCGCUGAUUCCACCUGCUCCAGCCUGCCUGCUGCGGCCCUUCAGACUUGCAGUUCUCAGCCCGUUAGUGACUCCAGACUUUAAGAUCCACCCUCAUGGGGGAUGUUUGCAGCCCUGCUUGUUUGGGUCGUCCUUGAAGAAGACAUUAUUAAAGCACGGAGAAGUGAAAGACUAAGGAUUGUAUUCACCAUUGCCAAGUGUAUUGACCCAGAUACUUGUUAGCCAAAAGGAGAAAGGCCUGCGUAUCAGAAGCUUGAGAGAAUCAAUCAAAAAUGUACUUUACAAAUGAUUUUACUGAAAUGCACUUGUAUUAGUUCUCCUGUAUUUGCUAGUCUAGCCUAAAUUCUAGAAAUGUUUAUGACUGGGGGGCCAGCGCCUUGGCUCACUUGGUUAAUCCUCCGCCUACAGUGCUGGCAUCCCAUAUGGGCGCUGGUUCCAGUCCUGGCUGCUCCUCUUCCAGUCCAGCUCUCUGUUAUAGCCCGGGAAGGCAGUGGAGGAUGGCCCAAGUGCUUGGGCUCUGCACCCGCAUGGGAGACCAGGAGAAGCUCCUGGCUCCUGACUUUGGAUCGGCGUAGUUCCGGCCUUAGCGGCCACUGGGGGAAUGAACCAACGGAAGGAAGACCUUUCUCUCUGUCUCUCUCUCUCUCUGUCUAUAACUCUACCUGUCAAAUAAAUUAAAAAAAGAAAUGUUUAUGAUAAGACUUAUACUUUCAAGUAAGAAGAUCAGAGCCCCAUUUUAAAAUAAUUGUUCAGGUUUUCUAUAUAUUCAGAAGGGUGUUUAAGUGCUAGCACCAGUCACCUACCACAAACUGAGAAUAAAGCAGUCAGCACAUUAAGGAGAUUGAUUCUGACUCUUCUGAUACAGAAGGCCAGUGAGGUCCCACAGGAGUCUGGAACCGAGAGUAGCUUGUUGGUUAGAGGGAGACCUGGGUCUGGACUCAGGACCUGCAGGUUCUAGGUCGCCACAGUUUUGAUCUCCAAAUACCCAGUCUCUCUCUCAGGGAGUGCCCGGGUCUACAGAUGGGCUGAGGCCUCUCAGAGGUUUCCUCCCUUCAGAGCUUCCAGGCAUAGAACUACUUUCAGUCUGGGCAUUUACACUUCAGUACGCUUUCCAAACAGCAGUGUUGACGGAGAACAUCUAAACACGGUUGGGAACCAGAACUCGGGAUGCCAGGAACUCCACUAUGUUGCCCUAGCCUUUAAAGUCUUAGUUCUGGCCUGAGAGAGAGAGAGAGAGAGAGAGAGAGAGAGAGAGAGGAUCCUUGACUUCUGCUCUGCUGAGGGGUCCGAAGGAGGGACCUUAAUAGGAAUAGUUGUACAAGUCCUUCCUUACACAUUCUUGCCACCAUGCUCAGUAAAACUGGGCAGAGAAUGUAAAGCCUUAAAUAUGUCAUUCAUUCCAAGUCCCUGUCACAUAAACCUGCCUUUAAAGCAUGAGUCUGUAAUGACACCUAAUUAUGUAGUGAAAUUAGUGUCAGAACUGUUUCUUUUAGAAAUAUCAGAAAGCUGGAUGUUUCCCAUGAAAUUAUUCUCCGUUUCACACAGGUAUAUAAAAACCACAUUAGUAAUGAUCCAUUUAAGUACACUUUUAUUAGGUCCUUUUCUGAUAAUCAUUUGAUUCUUUCUAAAUCUCAUGCCUCACCUCAGAAAACAAUGACGUUUAUUGAACUUA